CUUACGCCUUUCCCACGCGUGUUUCUUCAUCAUUGGUCUUCAUCCGCAAUUAUUCGGUACAUGACGGCCAGCAAAUACAAUGCCGCCGAUUCGGACAGCCAAGAACAACACGGGCGCAGCUGCUCAGGCCCCUGCUACCAGUCUCCCGAAGAUGUGGCUCAAGGCCCUCCCCGAAGGAAUGGAGGAAGCCCGUUUUGAUAGUAGCGAGCGUGACUGGUCCGGCAAGUACGAAAACGUCAUUGGAACAUCGACCAGGAACAUCGUCUUCGGCCACAGUUUCGUGUUGACAGACGAUCACAUUGACGACAUCUUGGCUUUGGGACGCUCGAUUUGCAAAAACAUCACGCACUUCAUCUUUAUAUAUUCCGACGUGAGCUGCCGUACACAGAACAACGCACAGUCAUUGACAAGCGACGCCGUUGUCCGCCUGGCAAAUGCAUGCCCCAACCUGAAGAAAGUCAAGCUCCAAGCUACAUCUCGUGUUACGGACGACGGCCUACGCGCUCUACUCGAGAAAUGCCCCAAUCUCGUCUCAGUCGAGGUUACCGGUAUUUCUGGCAGUGGUGGAAAUAGGAUCUCCGGAACGUUACUUGACGAGUGGCGAAAGAAGCCAGAGUGGGCUCCUAAUCUGAGGAACUUGACCCUCAGUGAGAGGGAAGACAACAAGGUGUUCAUGAAGGCUAUGCGCGCUUUCACUAAAGAGAGGUCAGACCUGAUACUGACUUUGCUUCAACGAGACGAAGUCAACAAGUGGGGAGAAGACUGGGAGCUAGAGGAGAAGCAGACCCACUACAAGAACGGGCGCCUACGGUCGAGGUGGUAGGAAGGGCCCAACUGUUCCCUCUUCUCUCUUACGCUUCGAUCUAGUUACAUCUCGCUACUUUCCGAUAGCCUCAAUUGAAGAGCGACGUUUGCCAAUUGAAAUUAGCGGGCCUUAUGCAUG